AUGCCGUGCACCAUUAGCCAGGAGCCCGACGCACAGACGGGCCGCUACCGCUGGUUGAUGCAAGCCGUGGACCCGUGUGAGUGCACGCAGAUCGGAAUGGGUGGCUUCAGCACCUUCGUACCGUACAGACCCUACGAGUUGACGCACUAUGACACCUUUCUGAUCAGCAGCGAUCUGGAGAAGAUACAGCAAUGGCUGAACUGCCCUGGUAAGCUUUCUUGCUCAGUGGAGGGACCUCUCGGGAUGGAAGAUGGUCGCAUCCCGGAUGAACGCAUCACAGCUUCGUCUUUUUGGCAAAACCGCGCUGACCACGCCCCACCCAGGGCCAGGCUUAAUACUCAAGGAUACGCUGCAGCGUGGUGUAACGCUGGCAGCACUGAUAAUAUCAGUCCAUGGAUACAGGUUGACUUCGUUGGCACAGUUACCAUUACUGGUCUGAUCACCCAGGGGCGUGGAGAUAACGACCGCCAAAGGGUGGAGGAGUACCAAGUGACGUACAGCGAGGACGGUCAGGCCUGGAAUUACGUGAUUGAUGCAGACGACACAACAAUGAAGUUCCCUGGUAACAAGGAUAGUAACACCCUGGUAACUACUCGCCUGCCGUUUACCUUGCGCACCAGAAUCCUGCGCAUUCACCCCACGGAUUGGAACGAACAUUGCAGCAUGAGGUUUGAAUUGAUUGGCUGCUAUUAG